AUGAAGUCAGUCGGUCUUGUCGCACUGCUUGCCGCAGCAGCGGUUGAGGCCCAUUACACCUUCCCGCAAAGCAUUUACGAUGGAGCCAAAUCAGCAGAGUGGGAGGUCAUCCGCGAAACGGAGAACCACUACUCCCACGCCCCCGUGCAGGACGUCACAUCGUCGGCGAUGACGUGCUACGAGCUCACCCCGGGCACGGGCGCCCCCAAGAUCACGCCGGUCACCGCCGGGAGCAAGUUCACCUUCACGGUCGACCCAAGCGUCGGCCACCCGGGCCCCAUCUCUUUUUGGAUGGCCAAAGCGCCCUCGGGCAAGACCGCCGCCGACUUCGACGGCAAGGGCAACGUCUGGUUCAAGAUCUACCAGGACGGCCCCAGCGGACUCGGCACCGGGACCAUCACUUGGCCAACCCAGGGCUUGACCGAGGUCAGCGUCACGAUCCCCGCCUGCGUCGCCGACGGCGACUACCUCCUCCGGGUGGAACACAUCGCCCUCCACAGCGCCUCCUCGGUCGGGGGCGCGCAGCUGUACAUCGGCUGCGCGCAAGUCACGGUGACCGGCGGAACCGGGACACUGAGCACGGGCACGCUUGCUGCGAUCCCGGGGGCCUACUCUGCAUCCGACCCUGGAAUCCUGUUCCAACUGUACUACCCGAUUCCCACGAGCUAUAUUAACCCUGGUCCUGCCCCGGUGACGUGCUGA